AUUUAAGUGUUUCAAGAGUAAGCAAGUGAAAUGGCUUUCCUUGCAGUAUUUUUAAUACCAUUAAUGGUAAAUUAUGUAGUAUCUCAAACAGAAACCACAGUGGAUCCAUGCAAUGGUAUAAUCUGUACAACCCCUUUUUGCACAAAAGACCAAGUGGUUGUUCCUUUUGGCUGCUGUACAUCUUGCGAAGAUGUGGCAACUUUAACCCCUUCAAUACUUGAAGACCCUUGUUUGUUGGCAACCUGUGAACCCCCUUCAUGUGGUCCUAAUCAGAUUGACGUUUCAACUCCUGAUUCGUGUUGCCCCAUUUGUCAAGAUUUACCUAUAGAUUUGCCAUUAACAACAAUUAUUCCAACAAUGACUGACGACCCAUGCAUGAAUAUGACCUGUACAUUGUCAAUUUGUGAUGACAAUCAAAUUUUGGUUUUUGGUGGCCCAGAUAGUUGUUGCCCAGUUUGCCAAGAUUGUGAUGAAUUUUGCGAAGAAAACAAUAUAUGCCCAUUCUCUAGAAGAACUGAAUGCAGGUGGUCAGAAAGAAAAGAAAAAAUUGGAGUAUGCGGGUGCUGUCAUAAAUGUGUUUCCAAUUAUCCAUGGGAUAAAAAUAAUAAGUUUGGCAAACGUAACAGAAAUCACAAACAAUUUUAAAAAUCAUAUUUAUUAAGAUUUAGGUAUUACAUUUUGGACAACAAUUGCAGUUUCCAUCUUUGGGUGGCAGUUUAACUCCAACGCACUGUAUGCAAUAUAUCUUUUUACAAAAUUCUUCACAUUCUAAAAAAAUAGUUUUAAUUAGUAUUUUACUUUUAAAUUAGUUUAUGUGUUUUGUUUUAAGUAAUACAAUAAUAAUUUUUAUAGGACAAAAUUCCCCAUAUUAAAUUUACAUUUUUAUGAUAAUUUAUUUACUUAACAAGGUAAAACAAAUCAUUACAUGGCUAUUUUUUGAAUUACUGUAGGUACACAUUACAUUGUAAACUUUAAAAAUUACACUAGUUUACAAAAUUUGAUAAAGUUGUUCCUCAUUGAACCAAAACCACUUUUUUUAAGGUUAAAUUUUGUACUGAUUCCAAAAAUAAUAGUAGUUUUUCUGGUUUAGCUCUAGGUUUCGGGUUAUGCAUGAAAUCUCGCAAAAAUGCACUGUAACAGAAUAUUUAAUCACAAAUAUGCAGCUAAAAUUUUAUUUGAUAUCAAAUCAAUCUCAAAUCUUUAUAGCUGUAAGGACUGCAGUUUAAUACAAAUUUUAAGAUGUAAAGCUCCUAAAUCGCAUUAGUGACGAAAAAUACGUCAGAAAAAAUCAUUAUUUUUCGAUUUUUUUCAAUUUUUUCAACUUUGGUCCACUGUAUAUCAAAAAAUAUUUUGAAAUAUAAAAAGUUAGUCCCCCUAUAUUCUAUAGAAUUUAAUUAUGAAAAUUUUAAGCAUACGUACGUCAAUAUAUGAUAAGAUUUAGAUUAUGUACGGUACAUUUUUUGAAGCAAUGAUAAAAGGAAAACCACUAUGAUUUUCUGAAUCAGCACAAAAUUUUACCUUAGAAAAAGUAGUUUUGGUUCAAUGAGGAUAUUCUUGUAAACUAGUUUUAUUAAAUCAUUUUAAAUAUAAUUUAAACUUUCUUAAAGACUGGGAGUAAAUAAAAAUUUUAAAAAAUUAUAAUUAAACACACUUACUUGAUACAUCAGUUGGGUCAGCAUAUGUGGUUUCAAAUGAGAUUAUUGAAAAAACCGUUAAAGUAACCAACAAAAAUCCUGUUAUUUUGAACAUGUUUUUAGCUGGGAUUUCAAAAGUGAAAUAAACAUUUUAUUUAUAUAUUUUUAUAUAAAAUCCAUUGUUAUGUAAAUUGCACAUUUAUAUUAUGUAAAAAAGUCGACAGAGCCGGAUUUAAAUCAUUUUACAUUAAGAAGAAAUAAAAAGCAACUUUAAAGAAUUUAUAGUUUAUUAAAACCUAAAUCUUAUACUUUUUUCAGUUCAUCUCUAAAACAUUCGAAAAAUAGCUGCCAAAUGCCAUUAUAAAAUAUUUUUUUUAAUAUUUCCUGACACUCUCUUUCUGGGGUACGAUAUUGGUCAUAUUUUAUGGCAAGUGCUACAUUAGAAGAAGUGUAUGUUGGGUAUCCAAUAGAUGAUGAUGAGCAUCUUAUAGCCAUAGAAGACACAGAAGAAUAGUCAACUUUUCCUUGUUUCUUCAAGUCGCGUCCAUUUUUUACGAUUUCUUCACAAAGG